AUGGGAAGUGUAGUGCUACCACAUCUUCGCACUGGAUGGCAUGUUGAUCAGGCGAUUCUCAGUGAAGAAGAUCGUCUUGUCGUCAUCCGCUUCGGACGCGAUGCAGACCCCGAUUGUAUGCGGCAAGACGAAGUCCUCUACCGUAUCGCCGAAAGAGUGAAGAAUUUUGCUGUCGUCUACGUAUGCGACUUGGACGAGGUGCCGGACUUUAAGAGCAUGUACGAGCUAUACGACCCCAUGACGAUCAUGUUCUUCUUUAGGAACAAACAUAUGAUGUGUGAUUUUGGGACGGGAAACAAUAAUAAGCUGAACUGGGUGCUGGAAGAUAAACAGGAACUGAUUGAUAUCAUCGAGACCAUCUAUCGUGGGGCGAAGAAGGGUCGGGGUUUGGUUGUGAGCCCGAAGGAUUAUUCUACUCGCUAUCGAUAUUAG